AGCCGCUAGUCUCCCGUUACUGGCGGGUGAAAAGAAACGAAACGAAAGAAAACGAAAGAAAUCGAAAGGAAAGACCGAAGAGUGCGGAAUAACUCUCCUCGCCCUAGUCCAUCGCCACCGCAGACCCGGAGUGCUCGUAUGACCCGGCUCAGCCAGGCCCGGCUGGGUCUGAAAAUCCCGGAGCUGAGGGGCCCGAUCCGGCAGCGGCGACGGAGCGCGCAUUCCCCGGGCGAGCGCGCUGCGCACCGGCUGCGGAGAGGCCGGGCGAGCUGCCGAUGGGCCGGUGGCGGGGAAAUAUAAGGGGGCACCUGCGGGGGGCAUCGGGGGAUGCGAAAUGGGUCGGGUAUGUGUAAUGCGCGGGACGGCGAGGUGGCCGUCGGCUUCGGGAGGAGUGCGGGACGAGAACCUCCUCUCCACGCAGCGUUUCGGGCGGCGGGAGGUACUUGCGGGGCCAGGCAGCCGUGCCGGCGGUGCGACGAGGCCUGGACGGCGGGACAGCGCAUGUUCGCCCCUCCCGGGGCCGGUCCUAGCCGUGUGCGGGCCGUGGCCGCCGGGGAGGGGGUCCCUACCUACUUACACGUGCUUAGCACUGGGGGGGGCGGGGGGGAGCGGCAGUGUCUUCCGCAGCUCUCUGCGGGGACCCCGGCCCCGGCGCACCGUUACCGCGCCCGAGGGGCGGGUGCCGGGCGGGCGAGGCGCUCAGCGGGGAAGCGGCCGCACCGAGAGCAGCCUUAAUACAUUGCUAUUUCUGGCCGGGCGGCCAGAGCCGGGCAGGGGGCCGGCUCUGCCUCCCCCUCCCUCCAAUGGCGAGGCCGCCCCCGGCCCCUCCUCGCCGUGACGUGCCGGCCCGGGGCAGAGGAGGCUCCCGAGCCCUUGGCUGUCCCUGCAGAAGCUGUAACAAAACGCAGACCCCCAGCGCUGGGCUAAUGGAGGCAACUUAGACAGGAGCAGGCGCGGCCCCUCGUCUCUCGGCGCUGCCUGCUCCCCCCAGCACCGGGAGCGGCGCUCCCCGCCGAGCCACCGCCCGGGCGCCGCUGGGCUCGCGGGACUGCCUGGCUGCUUGCGCUGCCCCAAUGAUGUUACCGAGCCCCGUCACCUCCACUCCCUUCUCUGUCAAAGAUAUCCUCAACCUGGAGCAGCAGCAGGACCCGCACUAUGGGGCCCAGCUCCCGCACCACCUGGAGCACCACUUCCACCCCGCCGCCUGCCUGCUGGCGGCCGCCGACGGCGCCCGCUUCUCCGACGGCGAGGAGGAAGAGGAGGAGGAGAAGCUGUCCUACCUGAGCUCCAUGGCAGCUCCCGGCAGCCAGACGGACGCGCGGAUCUCCGCCGAUAACUACGUGCACGCCGUGCUGCGCGGCUCCUGCGAGGGCCCCGGCCCAGGAGACGAGCUGGACCCCGCGGCCCGCACCCCAAAGAGCUGCGUCCUGAAGAAGCCGCUGGAUGCAGCGGAGAAAGCGGAGGAGGCGGAGAGGCCGAAGCAGCGGAGCCGAAGGAAGCCGCGCGUCCUCUUCUCCCAGGCUCAGGUCUUCGAGCUGGAGCGGCGGUUCAAGCAGCAGCGUUACCUGUCGGCACCCGAGCGGGAGCACCUGGCCAGCAGCCUUAAGCUCACUUCCACACAGGUGAAGAUCUGGUUCCAGAACCGGCGCUACAAGUGCAAGCGGCAGCGGCAGGACAAGUCGCUGGAGUUGGGCGGCCCCACGGCCCCGCCGCCGCCGCGAAGGGUGGCCGUGCCCGUGCUGGUCCGCGACGGCAAACCGUGCCUCGGCGGGUCGCAGGGCUACAGCUCGGCAUACAACGGGCCCUACUCCUACAACGGCUUCCCCGCCUACGGCUACGGCAACGCCGCUUCCUACAACCCCGGCUACGGCUGCACCUACCCGGCGGGCACCGGCGGCGCUUCCAUGCAAGCCACCUGCAGCCCGGCGGCGGCCGCCGGGCCCUUCGUGAACGUGGGCAGCCUGGGGGGCUUCGGCGGUGGCGGCCAGCCGCUGCACCAGGCGGCGGCGGGGCCCUCCUGCAGCCAGGGCGCACUGCAGGGCAUCCGGGCCUGGUAGCCCGCACGCACUGAGGGCCGGGACCGGACCGGCAGGACGGCCCAGCGGCUCCAGGGCCCCGUUAUCAUCCGCACCGCAGCCCGGCUGGUUGCCGCGCAAUGCGCGCCCUGGAACGGAGGC